AUGAACGUAAUGGAUAAAAUAAAGGAAAUAGAGGAUGAAAUGGCAAGAACACAGAAGAACAAGGCAACAAGCAACCAUCUUGGAAUUCUUAAAGCAAAGCUGGCAAAGCUCAGGCGAGAGCUGAUAAGUGCACCCAAGGGCGGAUCUUCAGGAGAAGGCGGAUUUGAUGUUGCAAAAACAGGAGUAGCAAGGGUUGGAUUCGUUGGAUUCCCGAGUGUUGGGAAAAGCACUCUUAUGUCGAAGUUAACAGGGACAUUCAGUGCUGUUGCUGAAUAUGAGUUUACAACCUUAACGACGGUUCCUGGUGUUUUGUGCUACAACGGAGCAAAAAUACAAAUCCUAGAUCUUCCUGGAAUUAUAGAAGGGGCUAAAGAUGGAAGAGGGCGAGGAAAGCAGGUGCUGGCAGUUGCCAGGACAUGUUCGCUGAUCAUUGUGUGCCUAGACGUACUCAAACCUCUUUCACACAAAGCAGUUAUAGAAAAGGAGCUUGAAGGAUUUGGAAUCCGAAUAAACAAAGAACCUCCUAAGAUCAAAGUGACUAAGAGAGAAAAAGGUGGAGUAACCUUGAUUGGAGACAGCCUGGAUCUGUCAACAGUAAAAGCUGUCCUUGCAGAGUUCAGGAUUUCAAACGCAGAGGUUUUUACAAGUGGGUCAUGCACCAUCGAUGACAUGAUUGAUGUGAUUGAGGGCAACAGGAAGUAUGUUCCAUGCAUAUUUGUGCUAAACAAGAUAGACUCAAUCAGUGUUGAGGAGCUUGACUUGCUCUAUAGAAUCCCACAUGCAGUUCCAAUAUGUGCGAACCAUGGAUGGAACUUUGACUCGCUAUUGGCAAAGAUAUGGAAUUAUCUUGACCUUGUCAGAAUAUAUCCAAAACCUAAGGGGCAGUCAAUUGAUUACAACGAUCCGGUUAUUCUUAAAAGUAGCAAACGAAGCGUAGAGAACUUCUGUAAUGCAAUUCACAAAGGGAUUCUUCCUAAGCUCAAGUAUGCUCUUGUGUGGGGAACCUCUGUGAAACACAAUCCACAGAAGGUUGGCAAGGAUCAUGUAUUAAACGAUAGUGACAUUGUGCAGAUAGUCAAGAAUAUUUGA